CAAUAAACCACCAUCUCAUCUAAUAUUAGAUUAAUAUAAUAAAACUUACAUAACACAAACUCUGGCAUUAUGAAAUGAAAAUGCAAUUAUUUUUGUUUUGCCUUCUUUGUUGUUAUUGUUUUUUUUUGUUAUUUUCCUUGUCUAUCUAUUUGUACUUUAUUGUUUACAUGUACUUGACGUGCGCUCAGCUGACGUCACUGCCAGAGAUGCCAGCAGCAAAUCUGUGCUGGGAGCUGCGCAGCCGCGCUGCGCAUCCGUCGGCUGAGCUGGACAGCGCAGCCAUUUCUCUGUAUCCUUCAUGAGGAAAAAUACAGGCGGAUGGCGGUUUGUCCAUCAAGGACACAAUUACUAAGCCGACGUGCGGGAGUCAUGACGUUAGCAGCACACACCGAGGCUGAACCUGAACUCAUCACCGACUGAGAUCCGCCAGCUCCAAACUUUCUCCCGAUCCAACGCCUGCGCAGACAAACAGGCUGUCUGUCUGCUGCUUUGUGUUUGCGUGUGUGUGUGUGUGUCAGCCAUGGAGGGAGAUCUGCACGGAGACUGCAGCGACGUCUCGACUCUGCAUGUGAAAACUGAAGCGGUCGAUGAGAAUCCAUCUGCGCUGGUUGUGGGCAGCCGAGAGCCGCCUGCGCCCUGCGGAGAUACCGCAUGCAGAGGAGGAGGAGGAGGAGUGGAUCAGACUGCAGAGGAGCUGGCUGAUAACACAACUACUCCUGUACUGCUGUAUCCUGUGAGCACAGACCGCUUCUUCACCACAUCUGGAGAUGGGAAAACCUACCUGAAGAUAGCUCCAGCUUCAGUGAUGCCGCCUGCUCCCUCAGAUAAGACGCUUUCCUCCGGCUCCGACUUCUCCUCCAAAGCCGUGUUGUUUCUGAUCGAGGCAGUCGGCCGCCGCUGGGGCCUGUACGAGACCCGGGAACGCUCGCAGCUCUUCCAGAGCGUCCAGGAGGAGAUGGCCUCCAAGGGGCACGUGCUGCCUGUUGAAAAGAUCCGCCGCAAGUGGAACAACCUCAUUGUCACGUACAAGAGGGUUAAAGACCGCAGCCGGGAGACGGGCCACGCUAAAACGUCCUGGGAGUUCUUCGAUCUGAUGGACGCCACGCUCUGUGACACCGUUGGCACUCAGAUCGUCAACAACAAAAGAAACAAAGGCUGCAACGCCGGUUCCACGCUGCCUGGUCCUUUGGCAAAGAUCGCUGCGAAACCACAGGUUCCGCCGCCCGCCACCCUCAUCCGCCCUAAUGGGGACUUUGCUUCGACGGGUGGCGUGGACUCGGCGGGUCAAGGAGCCAUCGGUAGCGCUGCUACCAUUACCUCAGUGGCUACAGCCACCGUUAGCCCGACAAACACUCCAGAGCUCAAGCCCCUGAUCGUCCUCAACAGUGACAUUGUUGCGACCAGUAUUCAUCCAGUCACCAUGGGGCCAUCUCCGUCUUUUAUCUCUUCACCUUGUUUCACAGAGACAACUUCCCCUUCCCUCGGCUCGACUAGCAACGCAGACCUCAACGCAUCGCACUACGUAGGCCAUAAAGCUCCGUCGUUCUCAUCAGGCGUCAUACCCUUUCGCCUCAGUAACAACCAGAACCUCCUCGGCCUCUCCUCCUCUUUUCCCCCUGCUUCCCCCUCUCUCGCGUCAUCUAUCCCCACUUCGUUAUCUGCAACAACCGAAGGACAGAAUCAGAAAGGGAGCGAGGAGCGAACCAGUGUCGCUUUGUUCCAGGAGUUUCUGAAGCGACAGGAGGAGCAGGCCUACCUGGACCGGGUGGCUCGCCGCAGGGUGGAAGCCCGAGAGAAGAGGCGCGAGAGGAGGGAGGUACGGAUGGCGGAGUCCCUCGGCAGGGUAGCCACGGCCCUUGAGCUGCUCUCCUCCAAACAGGACACCGUCAUCGCCCUCCUGCAGAGACUGGCUGAUCGGAAGUGAAAAAGCAACAUGGAUAGACAUCACUACAAGACGUUUGAGAAGUUUGGCAACAAGACUUUUCUGCUGCAUCUGGAUAACGGACGGGCGUUUGGGCGUCACUCUCGGGAUGAGCCAUCUAUUCUAGCUCCUUUACAACAAUGUUGCAGGUAAAACAAAACAAAAACCUGUCUGUUUCAAUGAGUGACC